UUGAUUGACGGUGUAUCAAAUUUGCUUGGCCAAUUUUUAUUUUUGUAUGCAUUAAAUUGCAACAAAGUCAAUUAUACCUUUCUUUAGGUAAUCUGGCUCUUCUAUUUAUGUGACCUUUGCUGAUUUGCAGCUAAUGUGUAGUUAUUUUAAAGUUUCUCAAACGUAAAAUAAUCAUGUAUAAGAAUUUCUUCUCGUGCAAUCGAGUUAACACAGCUGCUUUAAUGUAAAGACGGCCACCAAUACAAUUAUGUCCUGCUAAACACAAACCGUAGCCCCGUGGAGGGGCUACCGAGUCCUAGGCUCCAGCUCCUGUACAUAUUGUAGAAAUCAUACAUAUAGCUGUAAUAUAAUUUUCAUCCUUGCACAAAUAUUGACAUCAAGUAUAGUUAAAAUAUUUUAUUACGAUAAUAUUUGGUAUUAAUACUGCCCUUAGACACCGAGUAAUAAUGAGUAAGUUAGAUGUAGACUGCACCCGCCGGUGCAGGUCCCGGCUUCAUGGGCAAGCACUUACGGGGGCCAUUACAAAGAGAUCUGUCAGUGAUCAAGCACUGGCCAGCUUCAUUAAAGCAACUUGCGCAAACUUUAUUCAAGCUUUUGAUUUUGAGGGUCGCACAGCCCUUCACAUGACAUGUUCCCGUGGCCGCGUGCAACUCAUGGAGUGGCUGGUCCGCCACUCCUCGGAAGCAUUCAUCAAUGCUAAGGACCGAGAGUCAGGGUACACACCACUGCAUCGUAGUAUCUUCUACGGACAAAUACAUACUGCUGUUGCUUUAAUGAAGAUUGGUGUCAACACAGACAUAGUCGACAAGGACGACUACAGAGCCCUAGAGCACGCCAUGCUAGACCGCCAGUACAUGUACAAACACGAAGGCACGCAGCCGAGCGACGUAUAUGUCUGGGGGAGCAAUUGUAACUACACGCUUGGGACGGGGACGCAGCAACCGCGAGCGAUCCCCGAGUUACUGAGCUGCUUUAGUCGCUCUAACGCCAGCGUUCGGCAGGUGUGCCUGGGCAAGUUCCAUAGCCUAUGGGUGUGCGGGGGUGAGGUGUGGGCCUGUGGGCAGGUGGGGCGCGCGGGCGCGGGGAGGGGAACUAUACUGCGCCCUGUGCCGCUGCGGCUACAAGAACCUAUAGAACAAGUAGACUUGCUAUUGGAUUCUACUGUUUUUCUUACUCAGAGUGGAACGGUACUCCAAUACACGCUAAACAGCACAGAUACGUCCCCAGUAACGAACAGCUCGUCCUUCAAGCUGCCAUCGACGAAGCCCCUUCUCAAGCUGUCGCAGCCUAUAGGGCUGUGCUCUGGACGAUCACAUGCUGUAGUGUGGAAUAAGAACGCUGUUUAUACGUGGGGCGUGAACUGUGGCCAGCUGGGGCAUUCGCAAGACGAGAAGAUUGUUUCUGCACCUAAACGAGUGGGAAUAUCAAUGAACAACAAAGAAGAGGCGGGCAUACUAUUAGUCGGCGCGGGUGACGCAGCUACCGUGAUCACCACGAGUCGAGGGGACGUGUAUUUGCUACAUAAACACAUCUGCAAGAAGAUUGCCAUCAAGCAAAUAAACUUACGGCAAGUGUGCGUGGAAGCGAAAGUAAGCGAGACAGGGGCUUACUCGCGAGUAACAGUGCUCUUACUCACCAACGUGGGACAACUGAUGCUUUGGCAAGACACCACCAAUCAACUCACAAGAUGCGUCUUCGGCCUAAACCACCAAACAAUAAUAACCAACGUAACUCUAACCCACGACGCGUUCUACUUCACCACCAAAUACGGCGAGGCGUUCAUUGGCCACCUCUCGCGCAAAGCCACGCCCACCGCGCCGCAGCCAAUCAGGAGAGAGCGGGAGCGAGAUAGCAAUAAGAGUGCGUUGGUCAAGUUUCUUGAGAAGGACGAUUGCACGUCGGCACGGAUCGUGCGGAUACCGAAUGUGCACAGAGCGGUGGCCAUCGUGGUUGAUAAUGAAGGAUUGAAUUUUGCUUGUCUACAGAUAAAACCAACGUGUGGACUGACAUCGCUACCUGAGCUGUCGCCUAGCAGCUUGCCCAAACACAUGGAAACUCUCAUGGAGACGGCAGCUGAAGAUGACAUCUUGCAUGACGUUAUUUUCAAGGUCGGCCCAAAACUCUACCCCGCCCACAUAUUCAUAAUCGCCUCAAGCAGCGAGCACCUCUACAAAUUAUACCAGGACACCAUAAAAUCCCCAGAGGACAAGCCUAUAAUCAACAUAGAAAUGCACCCAGAGAUAUUCGAGAGGAUUCUCCGGUACAUGUAUACUGGGACGUGUGAUGUGGCCGAGUUGGGCCCGUGUGGCUUGAAGAUAAGGAAGGAAGAUUUGAAUAGCUUGAGGAAGGAGAAGGAUGUGGAUAUUGAGGUUGAUGAGCAGAAUUUUAUGGAUAACGCGUCAGAAAUCUCCGCGUUCGAAGUGUACAAACACCAAGACAACAGGAACAAGAAGAACCGCAACAAACGGAACGAGCGUAGCGCGGACACGCCACCGCGCAACUUCUACUGCGAUCCUGUGCGCCUGGUACAGGCCGCCGCCAAACGGCUGCAUGUUAUGGGGCUGCACAAACUGCUGGAUAAAUUCUUUUACAGAGACGGCAAAAUCUGCCUACGAGAGAGCGCUACGUUUACCAAGAACCCGCCAGUAUGCUGGGACCGGAACAGCCUGCAGGAACUAGUUGAUACCAGUGUGGUGACCAAAGAUGGCGCCCUCAUACCAGCACACAAAUGUGUGUUAGCUGCGAGGCUUGAGUACUUCCACGGCAUGUUUAUGCACUCCUGGUCAGAGAGUAAAAUAUCAUCAAAAGUGACCUUGCCAAUCAACCACGGCAUUCUCCUACCAGUCAUAGACUUCCUAUACACAGACUCGUGCCCCGAAGUAGAAAGCUCAGACAGCAUCGACUUCAUAUGCAGCCUCCUCAUAGUCGCGGACCAACUCUUCAUAACGCGCCUUAGAGAAAUGUGCGAAGUGGCCCUUUCUAACCUGAUCACUUUAAGAAACUGCUCAGAACUCUGCCAAUUCGCACACACUUACAACGCUACUCAGCUAAAACAAUGCUGCAUGGAGUUCAUAUCAUUAAAUAUCAGCAGUAUACUUGAAAAUAAGAAUCUUGAGUUGUUAGAAGAAGAAUUACUCGAAGACAUCUCUAAAUACUAUUGCAAAUUUAACCCUAUAAUGUCCUCUAGGGUUAUCACACCAUUUUUCAAUGCACCAGACGACGAAGUUAUCAAUGAAUUUGCUAAAAACUGCCCUGUCGAUUUAAUAGUGACUGAUGAAGAUCUUAAAAAAGAUGACAGCGUAGUCGAAACUAAGAAGAAGAAAUCUAAACGGAUUGAAUACACUGAGAGUGAGAAAACAAGGAUGCGGUAUGAAUCCGUCAGUUCUGUGACGUCCUUAGACUUAUCUAACGAUAUUUCUGGUGACGUCACUUUAUCGUUAAGUAAUAUAUCUUUAGAGACCGAGAAAGCGGCUAAAGGGAAGAAGGAUAAAUGGAUAGAAGUGCCAUCAUCGCAGCAGAAGCAACAGAAAGUCGUCCAGGCGAGACUUAAGGCUCUAAACAGCGCUAAAGACAUUCUUAACGAAACUCCAGUGGAAUCGUUCACUAAACUCACUAAAAAUAGUUCAUCAAGUGCCAUUAAUACUCCAGAGCCUACGUCAUCGCGUAUGUCAGUAUCACCGAAAGAGUCCCCUAUAGCUGAGAUGGCUUGGGGUUCGCCAGGGAAUCUCGUGAUCAACCAUAUAGGUCCUAAACUAUCUCAAAAGCAAAGGAAAAAGUUGGCCAUGGAAGGGAAUAACUAUUCUCCUCAGAAUCUGUCGGAGUUCUUGAAUGGUAAAGUUGUAGAAAGUCCUCCAGAUAAGCCUAAGAACCCGUGGAAGAUAGUGGAGGCGCCGGCGGCCAGCAGCAGCCCUAAGCAGAGGAAGGCGAUGGAGUUCAACCAGAUCCUGUCGGAUCAGAAGAAGAUGAAGGAUGACUCGUCGAGGAUUAUGACGAAACCGUUGCUUUUAACUCAGUUGGAAGACAAAGCAAUAGAAGAACUAGAAAGGUUCUACAACAUCCACGAACUGGAUGAUGAACUCAUCACUGUGCGGCGGAUUGAGCUGCAAGUGUCCUCGCCGCAGUGGAUACACACUGCCCCUAAGUGAAGCGUGCUAUUUUGUACCUUUUUACUGUGUGACUGUACAAUAUUUUAAUUUAAUAAUAAUGGAUUGACAAUGAU